AUGGCUUCCAUCUCUCCUUGUCUUUUUUUUUUCUUCUUUUUUAAUUUUUGCAAUUUAGUGUAUUUUACCUUUCUCGUUCACAUUGCUUCUUUCUUUCCUUUUCUUUUCUUUUCUUCUUCUUUCUUAUUCUUUCUUUUUUUUCUUCACCAUGAUUCAAUGCAUUUUACCUUUCUCGUUCAUAUUCUUUCUUUUUCUUUUUUUCUUUUUUUUUAUUCUUUCUUUUCUUUUUUUUUCUUUUUAUUAUUUUCUUUCUUUUCUUUUCUUUUUAUUCUUUCUUUUCUUUCUUAUUCUUUCUUUUUCUUCACCAUGAUUCAAUGCAUUUUCUACCUUUUCGUUUUCUUCUUUCUUUUUUUUUUUUUCUUUUUUCUUCUUUCUUUUUCUUUUAUUCUUUCUUUUUAUUUUUCUUUUUUUAUCUUCACCAUGAUUCAAUGCAUUUCUACCUUUUCUCGUUCACAUUCUCUCUUUCUUUCUUUUCUUUUCUUUUAUUCUUUCUUUCUUUCUUUUUUCUUUUUUAUUCUUUCUUUCUUUCUUAUUCUUUUCUUUUUAACUUUUGAUUCAAUGCAUUUUACCUUUCUCGUUUUCAUUUUUUUGUUUCUUUCUCCCCCUAUUUAUUUUCUUUUAUAA